AUGAAAAAGAAAUUAUGGGAGGAGCUAUCUUUGAUAAAAGCCAGUAGAAAUGCGAGAUGGAUCAUUAUGGGGGACUUUAAUGUGGUGCGAAGACAGACAGAAAGAAUUAACUCACGCUUUUGUUCUAACAGUGCUCAAGAUUUCAACCAAUUCAUAAAUAACAAUUCUCUGCAGGACCUAAGAUUGGGUGGCUUCAAUUUUACAUACUACAGACAGGAAGGAAGAAAGUUAAGCAAGCUUGAUCGGUUCCUAGAGUGUGAGGAAUUUCUUAAAUACUUGCUAGAUGCUUCAGGUACGGUCCUCCCUAGAAAAUUUUCAGAUCAUAGCCCAAUCAUUCUUACCACCAGGCAGGAGGACUUUGGGGCAAAACCAUUCAGAUUAUUUAACUCGUGGCUGGUAAAGGAAGGUUUUGAAGGGGUUGUCAAGAAGGCGUGGUCUGAAUUUCGUGGGUAUGGAGGGGCUGAUGCUUUCUUAGCAGCUAAGCUAAGAUAUCUUAAAAUGAAUAUAAAGAAAUGGCAAGAGGCUGAAUAUACAAGAGAAAAUGGUGAGAUACAAGCAUCGAAGAAGAAAAUGGAGGAAAUAGAUGCCUUGGCGGAAACAAGAGACCUGAUGCCUCAUGAAUUGGGAACAAGAACUAACUGUCACAGAAAAGUUGUUGAAUUUGAAAUUAGCAACAAUGGACUUAAAACAAAGAUUCAGGAUAAAAUGGAUAGUGGAUGGGGAUGA